AAUAUGAAGUGUGUCCUCGAAGGAAAUGGUGUAAAAGUAUUUGGAAAGGCGAUUCAGGCGCUGUCCCGGGUUGGAGAGGAGCUUUGGUUGGAUCCCACUGUGAAAGGGCUGGCUCUGAGAUCUGUGAACUCUGCUCAUUCUGCAUAUACCUGCUUCCUUUUCUCGCCACUGUUCUUCGACCACUACAGCCUGGGAUCAGGAUCAGAGCAAGGCAGUGAAACCAUCAAAUGCAAACUGAUCAUGAGGUAUGUGCUACCACUUUUCCGGUGUUUGACUUCCAUUGAGCGUAAUGUGGAACGAUGUCAGAUAUCAAUCAGCACACCCAGUGACCGGGUCAUAAUCCAGUUUUUCUGCAGACAUGGCAUCACCAAGACCCACAACCUUCAUUUCCAUGAAAGUGAGCCUCUGCAGGCAGUGUUUGCCUCACACCUUUGUCCCAAUGUACUGAAGGCACCUGCCAGGCUCCUUAGUGAUAUGGUGAUGCAUUUCCCAGUGUCCCAGGAGGAAAUCACUCUGUCCGUGACUCCUCUGAGAGUCAGUCUGAGAAAUUACUAUGAGGGGGGAAAUGAUCACAUGAAGAUGAACACCGAGAUGUCCUUACACCCAGACGAGUUUGACUACUUUCAGGUCGGAGUGGACUCGGACAUAACCUUCUGUCUGAAGGAACUGAGGGGUUUUCUGUCCUUUGCAGAGUCACAUUGUCUCUCAGUGUCGGUCCACUUUGGUGCUGCGGGAAAGCCUGUGUGUUUCCUCAUGGAGGACAUGGUCCUGGAGGCCACCGUGGUGCUGGCUACUCUGAUGGACUCUGAAAACAGGGACCCCACUCUGCAAUCAUGAACACCUCGCUGCAGAGAGAUGAGUGCAGACAGUGAUAAGCCACAGGAUGUUCCUGAUGUGAUGGAGCUGAUCGCAUCCAGCCAGGGCAGCCCUAUAAUCCACCCACCUGCGCUGAUGCAGCUCCUGUCUCAGGCUGACCACUCUGGCGGACUCGGUGUACCUGAAGAGGCCUGUGCCAGUACCACCUCAACUCCUGCCUCCACCACGAUCUGCUCCCUCCUGUUCAGGGCCUUGUCCUCAGAGCAGGACGUUGAUGGCUGUGACGCCAUGUUGCCUGUUCUGGCAUGUUUCAGUGACACAGAGGAGGAUAUGGAAGUCGAAUACCCAAGAAGCCCUUCACUCUGA